AUCUGAAGAAAUCGCAGCCCACAGUGUCUAAUAAUUCCACUCAAAAUACUUCGAUCCCUCGAACAAAACCCAAACCCUAACUCUAACCCUAACCCUAGCUCCUCCAAUGGCUCGCCUGAGAUCGAGCUUGAUUCUAUUCUUCGUCCUCGUUCUAUCGCACGCUCUCUCCGCAAUCGGAGGGAGGAAUUAUUACGAUGUGCUCCAAGUUCCAAAGGGCGCUUCAGAUGAACAGAUUAAACGAAAUUACAGAAAGCUUGCAUUGAAGUAUCACCCUGAUAAGAACCAAGGGAAUGAGGAGGCCAACCAGAAAUUUGCAGAGAUUAACAAUGCAUAUGAAGUUCUGAGUGAUCGUGAGAAGAGGAAUAUAUAUGAUAGGUAUGGCGAAGAGGGACUGAAGCAGCAUGCUGGUGGCGGAGGGAGGGGUGGUGGCAUGAACAUGCAAGAUAUAUUUAGCACGUUUUUUGGCGGUGGUAUGGGCAUGGAAGAAGAGGAAGAGAAGACUCCUAAAGGCGAUGAUGUAAUUGUUGAGUUACAUGCUACGCUGGAAGACUUGUAUAUGGGAGGUUCUUUGAAGGUUUGGAGAGAGAAGAAUGUAAUUAAGCCAGCCCCUGGGAAGAGGCGGUGUAACUGUAGAAAUGAAGUACAUCAUAGACAAAUUGCUCCUGGAAUGUAUCAGCAAAUGACUGAACAGGUCUGUGAGCAGUGUCAAAAUGUAAAGUUUGUGCGAGAAGGAGAUUUUGUUACUGUUGAUAUUGAGAAAGGGAUGAAAGAUGGAGAGGAGGUGGUAUUUUAUGAAGAUGGUGAACCUAAAAUUGAUGGUGAAGCUGGUGACUUGAAGUUUAGGAUCCAAACAGCACCACAUGAUCGUUUCAGAAGGGAAGGAAAUAAUCUGCACACAACCGUCACGAUUUCAUUGGUCCAAGCUCUCGUAGGUUUCGAGAAGACCAUCAAACAUCUAGACGAGCAUCCAGUAGAAAUUGGCACAAAGGGAAUUACUAAACCGAAAGAGGUGAGGAAAUACAAAGGAGAAGGUAUGCCUUUGCACCUGAGUACAAAGAAGGGAGAUCUGUAUGUAACAUUCGAAGUUCAAUUUCCCAAGUCAUUAACAGAAGAUCAGAAGACGAAAAUCAAAGGAAUUCUUUCGUGAGAACUUUCUACUUCUCCUGAUGAGCCUAAAUUGUUUUGCUUCUUUUAACAAUACAAGAUAAUUGAAGGUGUACAACACAGGGCCCCUCCAUAAACAGCUGGUCCAUUUGAGGGUGUUAAAAUCCCUGAUAUUUUUGGUCCUGUCAUCUUCUUUUGGAAUGAGAAAUAGUAUCACUUGUAUU